UGUGACUUGUCUCCCGAACGUCAUCGAUAUGGCAGAAGUACAGUCAGUGGUAGGGACACACACAGGUUUGUCACAUGAAAUAUGGUAUGUUAACCCUGUUGAGAAUACGACGAUGUUAAGUAACAAAUAAUAAACUACAACAGCCCUCUUGUAAUGCAUUACGGCAUAAUAAAUAGAAUUUGGCGUUGAGCUUCUUUGGUGCGAAAUGACCUUCGCCGGCCUCCGUCGUCAGCGUUUGUUUUGUUGACAUUUUUUUUUUUGCUCUCUUCCGUCAGCUGACUUGUCCUCUAGUUAGCAACAAAACUAAGACGUAACGCGGCGAUGUUGCCAACAGCUCGACAAAUGUUGUCGUAUUUGAGAGGGAAAGUAGCGCAACAUGGCAGUUACGUUCUUGACCGACUCGUCUCGUUUCGUCGCUGAACUGCUGCGAGUAACCUCGCCAGUUAAGCUUUAGCCCGUUAGCAUCCGUCCCGAAUUCAACUGGAGUAGCAGACACACAUGGAGGGCGUCUUGUACAAAUGGACCAACUACAUGACCGGCUGGCAGCCGCGCUGGUUCGUGCUGGAUGACGGCGUCAUCUCCUACUACGACAGUGAGGACGAUGUGGGCAAAGGAAGCAAAGGCUCCAUCAAGAUGUCCGUGUGUGAAAUUAAAGUUCACCCGACGGACACGACGCGUUUGGAGCUGAUCAUUCCCGGCGAGCAGCAUUUUUACGUGAGGGCGGUGAACGCGGCGGAGAGACAACGCUGGUUGGUGGCGCUCGGCUCGUCCAAAGCCGGAAGCUUGGAUGUGCACAAACACAGAGGUCCAGAAUGUCUGAGGACCAAAAUGUCGGAGCUUCGUCUCUACUGCGACCUGCUGGUCCAGCAGGUCCAAAGCAUCCAAUCACAGAGCGGCGCGGAGCGCCAGGACAUGCCCCCGUCCGAGGCCUCCCUCCUUAGCGCCACCUGCGCCACCUUCAUCCGGACGCUGGAGGAGUGCAUGAGCUUGGCGCAGCAGAGCCUCGCGCCGCACCUGCAGCCUCCUGAAAGGGUCAGCCACUGUCCGCGUGUGUGUGUGUGUGUGUGUGUGUGUGUGUGCGUGUGCGUGUGCGUGUGCGUGUGGUGCGCUUUGCUUACACAGUCGAAUCACGCGAAGCCAACGGACAUCAUUGAACGUGUGCUGUUUGGUGUCCAGAUGAGAAGAUCGGUCAGUCACCCUGGCACGUCCACUUUGGACAGGUGCGGCGUGCCGAAGGAGAGCGCCGGCGGAGGGCCGAGAUGCAAGCCGCAGCGGGACCGAGCCAGCUCCGACAGUUCUGUUUACGACUCGGAGCCAACGAUUAAAGGUUUACUGGCCGACCUCGGCGGCGACGCGCCGUGCAUCCCGGAGGAGCGGGGGGGCGCGGCCAGUCCGAAGACCGCUCCCGCGGACGCGGACACGGACGUGUCCGUGUGAAGGGCACGUCAAGGUCGGAAGGCGCCGCUUUGAUGCGGACUUCGCCAACGUAGGACUCCCUCUUUGGCGGCGAGACCGGGCCGAUGGCAAAUGAGCACUCGGGACUCACUUGGAGUCAUUCCUCUUUAGAUUUGCCCGUGGCACUCGGAACUAGAAUUCCCGACUGCGGCAAACAGGACCCAAAUGGCCGCCGCCCCCAUCCGCACCGCGAUGUGAGCGCAUGGCGACGGCCGUGCGUGGCGGCGAUGAAUUUUUUUUUUUCCUGCUCGGCUAUUCCCGAUGACGCGAGCGUGAUUUCCAUUCAGUCGACUCAAACCUGCGCCGCGUGUCGUCAUUGGGGUGUAGCAAAUGAUCACCCGGCUCAGUCUCCGCCCCCCCAAUCAGCGGACGGAUAUGUCGAUCGACGUCGUCCCAACACAGCCGAUGCGAGGGUGGCGCAAUGCAUGAUGGUACUGGGAGGCGGCAGCUGGACUCCACUCCUUCCUUUCUUCCUGCCACUUGUGCACUUUAGCCAUCAAAAUCCCUUUCGGAGGGAUGAGGUUGUCUGUGUCGCCAAGGCAACAGUGGCGGCGUUAAAACAAAAACAAGCUGCACUAAAGCACCGAGAAAUAGUCCGCUUUCAAAUGAAGAAUGACUCCGGUUGUUGUUGUUGUUGUUGUUGUUUUUCCUCUGGAUGUUAGGAAAAGAAAGUUGAGCCCUUAAUAAAAUCAUCUCAAAUGUCAGAUUCCGUUUCUGACCUUCUGUCAAA